AUGUUCUCAUUGUAUGAAACGAGGCAAACAAAUGCCAAUCGCGCACCCUCUGCCUUGCUUCCUGUCGAGCUCCAAGACCAACCCAUGAACGGCGCCUUGCAAGCAUGCCAAGAGCCAAUUCCAUCCGCCUUGGACGUUGUGGCCGAUGAAUUCAAACCAUUGGGUUAUGGCGACAAUACAAAGGGAACACCAGGAGUCCUGCGUAGUCUGGGGGAGCCUGCAAGCCUUUUGCAUCAACUCCCCGCAAGAGACUGUACUGCCACCACUGAAUACGUGAGCAUCGUCCGACAACUUCCAUCUCCAAGACACAUAGAAAUUCUCGUGCAAGACUUCUACAAAAAUGUAGCAUGGCACUACGAUAUCGUCGACCAAACUACCCUUUUCAAUCAGCUUGCUCAAUGGCGCUGCCUGACCCAUGAUCAAUUCAAGCGAGGACCGGACGCCUUACCAGCAUCCCUACGAUCUUUCCCUGCUCUACUCUUCCAGGUUCUAGCACAAGCUCUGCUUUUGCAGCCCGCACAACACAAUGAGAGCCUGAAUGACCUCAAAAAGAGCGAGGCCACUCUCACGGGAGUACAGGCCGAGCUGAUGCGAGCCUGUUUUGAAAAGACCACGGGAGCAGUGAUCGAGGCAUGGCACACGCUCGGAACUGCUAUUCGCGACGCUCAAGAACUCGGUCUACAUCUGAUAGAACCAGAGCCAACGACAUACCCGAGAACUCAAGAGUCAUCGGAUCGCGAAUUGGGCCGCAACGUCUGGCUUGUCCUCCACCUAUGGGAUGCUCAUAUGGGUAUUGUGCUUGGAAGACCCCUGUCGACAAGAAUGAGUCCCAACAAUGUGGCCUUGCCAAUGUCUUCAAGGGACAGCUCUGGCAAGCAAAGGCCACCGCAACCUCGCGACGUCAUCUUGUGCGGCUAUCAUACGGCGUACAAAUUCUUACAGGACAUUCAUGAUCUCGACAAAGUAGAUGACUGGCGUGUCCCAGUUGAGAAAAUCCACGAAACUAUUCUUACCAAAAUUGCGAACCUUCCCGCGUGGGCGACAGCCCAGAGAUCACGUCAGGGAGAGCCUCCUUGGCUUUCUGCGGCCUUGGAAACAAUGAUGACCAAUGUGCACUUUGUCGUCUUUUCUCUGCAUCGACCCUUUAUCUUUGCAGAGCCGAGCAACCGCCACGAGGCCUUUGACGCAGCGAUACAGAUCUUGGAGUCUCAAGGUCGUCUAUUCGAUCAGACAGAACCUUUACAGUAUAAAGCGUUUAGUUUGGUGUUCGCGACGUUUGAUGCCAUGGUGCUAGUUGCAGCGGUGCAUAUUCGCUUUCCGAAUGAGCAACGGGGACAGUUUGCAGUUACCAAGAGGAAUCUCGAGUUGGGAAUCGGAAGACUGAAGUGCUUGCAGGCCAGGAACAAUGCCCUUGCCAGUUCCGCACUGAGCAUUAUCGAACGGCUGUAUCGAAAAGUGCUCGCUGUUGUGCAUCCGGAGGAACCCUCCCAGGGAAAUACUGAUCCUAUAAGUGUUAAUAUGAUGGGGCCAGAGUCAGUGGAAAUGAACUGGGAUGCCAUUCUACAACCUGGCCUUGGAGAUGUGUUGGCUCCUCAACCAAUGAACGAACUAUUGCGCAUCGGGGAUCUGGCUCAGUCCCUGAGUACAAGUCCUUCAUAUCAAACAGCGUAUGGGCAACACCAGUUCGGGGUAGACAUCAUUGACCCUUUUGGAAGUGAUCUGAUGUCUUAUCACGGCACAGUCGAAACACCAUAUCGCGCCAAGUAG